AUGACAUCAAAAAUAGAUGAAAUAGAUAUUGAUAAUGGAGAGGAGGUUUUCGAAGAAAUUGAAGAUUUUGAAGACGAAGAUAGUGAUGAUGGUGUAUCUAAAUCCAAAUCAGAUUCAAAUAGAAAACGAAAGGUUUCAACACCAGCCCUAAAACCACAUCCACCAAUACCAAAAUUACCAUAUAAUGACCGUGUAUUUAUUAUUCAACAACCUAAAAAUGAUACAAACAUUAUAGAUUAUGAAAUUUUAACAUUACCAAGUCCAAAACAUAAAUCAGUAAAAUGUAGAUAUAUAUUAGAUAAAGAGAAUGAUAGAAUAUUAGAGAUUAAUAAAUUUAAUAGUAAACCAUCAUCAUGGUUCAUUGAUAAUGGUGUUAGACAUGAUGGAUCAAUGUAUUUAUCAUCAGACAUUGAUCCAUUGUUCCUUUUAAUACCAUUCCUUGAAAAGUAUAAAUCACUUCAUAAAAAUGAAUACCUUGAAAUUUCAUCAAUCAUUAAUGAUUCAUAUUAUUGUAAUCUUUCAAAAAUUCCUUUUAAACAUUCACAAUUAUCUUUAAUUUGUGAUUCUAAAGAAAUUGCAGGAUCAAAAUUAUAUAGAUUAGAAGAUGAAAAAUUAUUAAUAUGGUUAAGAUGUAAAGUAAAGAAUAUUUCAAAUUAUUUAAAAGAAACCAAUACAGAUAUUUUUAAAACUUCAAAUUAUGUAAAAAAAGAUUUAUCAUGGGAGACAUUGUAUACAAUGUCAAUUGGAUUCGUUAGUGAAUAUCUAUCAGAAUCAAAUUGUAAAAUGUUAAAUCAAAGUUUUAAUCUAUUAUCAGCAACAGCACAACAAACAAUUAAAUCUGAAUCAGAGUAUUUAGUUUACACAGAGAGAAUAAUAGAUGAACCUGAACCACCAAAAUCAAAAAGAGGUGCCUCUAAAAAAGCACCUGCAAAGAAAUCUCCUGUAAAAGGUGGUGGAAUUUCAAAUUUCCUCUCUCUAAAAAAUGAUACACCAACACCAAUCACAGUGCCAUCACUUAAACCUUCAAAAAAAUCUGAGCCAAUAAUACCAACUACAACAACAAUAGCAGCAGAAACUAAAGGGAAAAUAACAGAUUUUUUUACUAAAAUAACAUAA